UUCAGCUGCGAGCCUGACAGCCUGCUUUAUUCCCGUUCGGAGGAGUGGGCGUCCAUCCCCGACGCGGGAAGGUCCUCGCUCUUCCUUUCUCAUCUGAAGCGAGAGGAUUCGCCAUGGGACAGCAGCCUCCUUCCCAGCCUUAGGUGAGCGUCAGCUACCUCACAGAGAUCCCACACUUUACAGUUUAUAAUGAAAGUGAUACUUAGGAGAGAGACCAAAAAAAUGAGCCUAAUGGACAUAACUAAAAUUUUCUCCAUGCUCCAGCCCAGAGAAGAUGAAGAGGAUAAUGGAGAAAGCCAGGAGCUGAACCAAGCGGUGUCUGAAGAUGACUAUCAAACUCUUGAUAAACUCUUGCGCCAAGACAGGUACAAAAAAUUCAUCAACAGUAGAAGUGGCUGGGGCGUACCCAGCACUCCCCUCCGCCUCGCUGCAUCCAAGGGUCACGUAAGGAGUUUAGAGGUCCUCUUGGCCCACGGAGCAGACGUGGACAGUCUGGAUGUGAAAGCGCAAACGCCACUGUUCACUGCCGUAAGCAACGGUCACCUGGAGUGUGUUAGAGCGCUCCUCGACGCGGGGGCCUGUCCUUCCGGCAGCAUCUACAACAACUGCUCUCCGCUGCUCACCGCUGCUCGAGAUGGAGAUGUCGGCAUCCUGCGAGAGCUCCUGGACCACGGUGCAGAGGCCAACGUCAAGGCGCGGGUGCCCGAGUGGGCUGCCAAUUCUGCAGCUUGCUCCGGCCCGCUGUACCUCGCCGCAGUUUACGGGCAUCUGGAGUGCUUCAAGAUGCUACUGCUUUACGGAGCCGACCCCGAUUACAACUGCACAGAUGAGAAGAUGAUUGCGCGGAUCAAGGAGCCCAAGACUCUGCUCGAAAUCUGCUUGAAACAUGGUUGCGGGAGCGAAUUCAUCAAACUGCUCAUUGACUUUGGGGCCAAUGUGUACCUGCCGAACAUCGCGGGAGAGAAGCUCGCGCCCAGCAGCGAGGGCCUGGAGCUGCUGCUGAUGGAGAGAGCUCAUCCUAAAUCCCUGAUGUCUCAGUCCCGGCUGGCAGUGAGGAGUCUUCUGAAGCUGGCAGGCCACGCGCAAGCCAUCGGUGACUUGGAGAUCCCACCUGUCCUGAGGAGCUACCUCAGGCACCAGCCUUAGGGGGAAGCCCUCGCCGCAGCUCGAGCUCCCACGCAGCCGUGUCAAGCACUGGAAUUAAAAGCUGCUCUGGAGUCACAGUUGCGCAGCGCAAAACAACCCUGAUUUGAUCAGUGGUUGCAAAGUGGUUGUGGCUUAAGAAGUGUCUCCAAAAGGGGCUGCCUGUGUGAAAAGGAAGUAAGCGGAGGGCAGGAGGGUGAAAGCAAAUGGAAACCUCGACUCCUGCUCUGCAUCAGAAGUGUUGGCAUGAUGAUAGGACAGGAUCUGUUUUAAUUAGUGUUUGGUUGUAAACCUUCUCCACUGAAGAACUUUACACCUUUAGUAGUUAUUAAUUGGUUGGAAAAAGGACUGGGAAAAGGCUUGGUGGCCAGAACCUGAGGAGGAAAGCCUGGUUUUACCUCCUCCCUUCUCGGGGAAAAGCAGAGAGGAAGGAGGUAAAACUGGCCUCCGUACGCACAGGUUUUCCCUGCUAAGGUGUGGCCUUAGCUGCAUGUGAGGCCCAUUUCGGGAAGGCUUUGCAAGGGCUUCCUCUGGUUUUGAGCCCAGUGAGUGGAGUCUGCCACCAGACCGGCCCGGUUCGGUGGUGGACAGCAGAGGAGAAGCGUGCGCUCUUGAGAGCUUGCCUCUUAUAAACCCUCACGCUGGUGAUGGAUUUCCACCUCUGUGGCCUGUACUACCUCUGGAGUCUCCUUGGCUGAUGAAAAGCAGGUUCUCCUUGGCUGUCUCUUCCAUUCACGAGUAUUUUUUGUCAUUGCGAAGGGGAGAGGGUUCUUUCUCAGCUGUGUGCCUCUGAUUACACAGGAUUUUUAAGUGUAUGCUACUGUUCUUAUUAAACUACUGUGACCUGUUUGGUAAAAUACUGCUUACUUGGUAAGGGAGGAGACUGGAAGCCCAGCCGAUAGCAUUUGGAAGCAGGAAUGGGACUGGCCAAUGGCGUGACUACCUAGGUUUGCUCAAAUUCAGUGAAGCGAAGAUUUGGGAGCGCUCUCCAAAGGCACUGCCGUUCGGUCCAAGCCAGACCUCUUUAUUCGCUGCUCGCACGAGGAGCUAUUUGCUGUUCAAGUAUCCACUUGUGGGCAGAAAUACAGGUACCAGGAUUGCUCCCAGCUGGCUGCUUUCGUAUUUACCUUCAUAGAAGAUAACAUAUGUGUUAUUCUCUUGCAAGUUUGCGAGCCAGUCUGCAAACUAGGACCUGCUCUGCCCACAGGACGUUUCAAAUAACCCCACUGAUCAAGAUUUUUGCUGUGUUAGGGGUGUGUGUGUGUGUUUUUUUUUUUUUUUUUUUUUUUUUUUUUUUUUAAGUAAAACCAUACACAACCUAUUUGCAGUGACUGCUUUGACUUGCUACAAAGCCUACUGGGACUGGUUCAUGCACAAUAAAAUCUAUAUUUUGGUGGAUUUAAGGCAGAAAUGGAGCAUAAGCAUUCCCAAGGUGCCUCUGCCUGUGAUUCGCUCCCUGGCUUUGGCAAACGUGCAGGAUUUUUUCUUCUGGGCUUCUGCGAAACCAACUGUUUUGCAAAGCGCUGGUCAAACCUGUAAUUAACUGCGAUCCAUCCCCUAGCAAUCACAGUAGAAAAAUCAACAAGGAGUGGUGUUUGCGUGGGUCAAAAUAGGACCUUUUGGAACAGGAUAGGCUGUAGAAGAGCUGUCUGGGCUCUUCUUUUUCAAGGAAAAAACAGAAGAUUGGUAAACGGCUAGAUUAGACGUCCCCUGGGGUAAGUUCUUACUACCGGUAAUGGCUCCCUAUGACAGUGUCACUUGCUUAUAUAUUUUAGUCCUUCGGCGUUCCUGACCACAAUGGAUGGGGCAGCUCCAUGCUGCUCUCUUUUUUUGGUGCCUGCAAUGGGGGCAAUGUUUCUUAGUCUCAUAAAUCAAGGUUGGCUAUUGCAGACUGUAGCUCAGGGGAGGCUCUGGUGUAAGUAGAUAGCCUUGCUGGUCCCUCCCGCCAGGGAUGAUGAGUGAUAAAAAAUGCCAAAUGGGGAAGCUCAGAUUGAGUGCUUCGUACUGAUCCUCACUGUGCUCCUAAUAACUGAUGCUGCGACAGCGGGGAGCUGAGCGUAGCUUUCUUUAAUUAUUUUUUACUGCUGCCUUUCAAUGCACUGAAGGAAAAGAGCGGUGAAAUCGCUGGAGCAGUAAACUGUGUGGCUCGUCUUGGAGAGCGAGCUUAGCCAUUCAGCGCCGUGUUGUAACGUGAUUAUCGCUGUGAUAUAAGGGAACCCUUGGUGGGCUGGAGAGGGGGAUUUGCCUUAGAUUUAUAACCCUGCAGUGCCACUGCUGCUCCUUUGCAGCCUAGUGCACGUGUGGCUGUUACAUUUUUGGACCAUCUUUAGGAUUUAGCAGAAUAUAUCCCAUAUACUUUCUAAUAGUGUAAUUGUAUCUCGGGUGCUACCACUGUUAAGAUAGAAGCAAGUGGAAGCUGCGCCUGUGUCCAAAUCCAUCGCGUGGUGCCUUUGGGAGCUCAGGGCGUGCAGAAAUGCUCUUCAGCCUCCCGGAGUAAUGUUUUCUGUAAGACUUUUUGGCAAAUUUGCUCCUAGCCAUUAUCGAAUGUCUCUUGCGAAAUGUCAGCUUGGCAUCAGCUCAGGUAAGAUUGCUGUUUGCAAAACAGGCACAUUUUGCAUUAUUUAUAGGCUCCUGAUCUAAUUGUUAUUUCAAAGGUUGUGGGAUCUAUUAAUCAGCAUCUAUUAGGCUGCAGGACAUCUCCAGAGGGAAAUAUUAAGGGCCCCAAGCUUGGCAUACUUGAAAUCAGCCUGGACAAAGCUUUAGAAACUACUCUGUAGGGAGCAAUUGUGCAUUGGCUGUGAAACAGGACUUGGUGAUCUAAUAGGUCUUCAUCUUCCCUGGAUGAGAUGAAGUAGCCUCUUCUCAAGGGGUGGGAUUAAUGGCAUGGGAAAUAAUUCUCCAGCCCAGCCUGGCUGUACACAAGGGCUCUCGCCCGUAUGUUCCUUGCCCCACCAGGACUGACUAAAUCCCUGCAAUGUUGAGGAACUGAAGACAUACCUGAACGCGUGUUCUGUGCCCUGUUAAUGUCAACAGCUGCUGGGGCAACCCAGGAAAAGCACUUUUCUGUAUGCUGUUAGUAGCAGAGAUUUGUUUGUGGAAGCUGGGGCAAACACCCUAGAUGUGCUGUGGCAGCCGUAACUCAGGCUUAUGUCAGCCAGUCUGGUAUAUCAGGGCAAUAAACACGACUGGUGCUAUA